UCCCUUUCUCUUCCUUCCUAUUCCUCGCGUCUCCCUCUUUCUAAUCCUUAUUCUACGGCUCAUACACCAUUUGCACCAUCUUUCCAUCGACAUCUACUAGCGAAACCCAUGGAGCCUCGAAAGGCUAAGUCCAUGCCCAAGAACACUGAGGACGACUAUGUCAUAUGUCCGUCGUGUCCGGAGGAGACGCUCCUCUACCCUGCGAUCGUUGGUGGUAGGAAGGCGACGCAUUAUGGCCAGUGUCAUGUCAAGUGUUUCAAGCCGCACCCGCGCGACAAGGACGUCUGGUAUUUCUACGAGCCAGGAAGCUGGCUUUUCCCUUUUUCAUUGGUGAUCAGUACGUCGCUCACGAUAUAGUUGUUACGAUAGUUCCAGCCACACACUGCAUCAACGAUUGAUACAUAUACAUACACGACAAGAAAACCCUGGGGGAGUAGCCCGUUUAGGGCAACUAGGUCAUACGAAGGGUCGGCGAGCCGGAGGUGAGCCGAAGAAGUUCCAAGGGGUGCUUCGGGAGCCAAAAAUGUGGCAAGGGCUGGCCGGUGGCCCCUUGAAUGCACUAGAAAGAGUCACGUGAUGCACAAUCGGCGUGCUUGGCGAAAUUAAUCCAGGCUGAUGGAGUUCUGGGCAUUUCUGGCUGCACUCUCCUACCCAGAUGGACGGUCGUGUAGUGUAGCAUUAAUCCCAGUAUACUAGUACUAUUAUUAAUUCUAAUUACUAUAUAAGGUUUAAUC